AUGUCGCCCCGUUCGAUGUUGUAUGAAAUUUUGGGUUACUUGCUCGGUUAUUCGAUUGCUUUUUCGCCGCCCAGGUAUUCUAAGUGCAACAGUAAAGAUUUUAGACACGGGGGAACUGUCUGCGUUUGUUCCGAUCAGUUCUGCGAUUCGUUCACCUCGGGCGAGCCAUUAUCUGCUCAGGAGUAUGCUGUGUACACGACUUCUAAAGCUGGAGAUCGUUUCAAUUUAACUACCGGAACGUUUAGCAAGACAUUAGGCGUGAAAUCAACUGAGACGGUCAUCAAGUUAGCCGUGAAUAAAAGCGUUACUUUUCAAAGCAUUCUUGGCUUUGGAGGAGCCUUUACAGGUCAGUAAUGGUUGGUUUACAUUAAAGUGAAGCUAUAGAAAUCCUCAGCUUAUUUAGAAUAGCCGUGUUGUCAACUAGAAGAGCUAUAUAAUAAUAUUAUCAUUUUUUAUUAACCGCUGCCAAAGUGGCUGAGAAGAAACUCAGGGGCGGGGGGCGUGGGAAGGGGAGGAACUCUGUAGUUUGUAAGACCGUGAAGGGAUGAUUGAAAAGGAGGCAAAAAAAAAAACGAAUUUUCUCACGUAUGGAAGUCUACAACCGGCCAGCUGCAUACAGCACGUGCACGCUACUAAACCAUUCUUCCUGAGACUACAGCCAAAACAUCUUAGUGGAGGAGAGCAUAGCCUGUGUACAGACGUCCCCCCUCCCUAAGGAGAGCAAAGAUGGCUAUAUUAGCGGGCUAUGAUUACCACAAAAAAUCGAUCCUUGGGGAAGCAAAGCCAUCAUAUCUAGCUCAAUACCAUUACUUCAUCCUUUUUCUUACACCUCAGUGGUGCUGAGGUCAAUGAAAUCAUAGUUUCAAUCAAUUUCCUCCCCGAUAGGUUUAUGCCCUUGAUGACUUUCCUCGUGUAUUAUUAAUCUUGACUUAUCCUAAUCAUGUGCCAACCAUAAAUGAAUGAUGUCAGUUGGUGAAUUGCCUACAUUGAAGUGGGAUUACAUUUUAUUUAUUGAUAAUGUUUUAGGGAGCUUUUUGUUUAACAGUCUUUCCAAGUAACACGAUAAAGACAUAAAUCCGUAACCCUUAUUUAGGGCUGGCCCCCUCAGGUGACAAUCUUCUGUCACACCUAGGAUCUUUUACUUUCUGCUAUUUGCACCUUGAUUUUCCUGCUCUAGAGUUAUAGAAUUCUUUGUCCUUAAAUAAUAGAUACGAUGCAAUCAAAAUCUUUAAUGUGAAUGCCCUCGUCAUCAGUUUGUGAAAAUAGCAGUAUUUUAUAAAAUAGUAUUGCUUCAUUUUUAUGUUGAUUUAUACUGUAUUUGACAUUCUCUUUAAUGAAAGAUGCUGCUUCAAUCAAUAUACACAACAUUAGUGACUCCCUAAAGGAGAAACUGCUAGAUUCAUAUUUCUCUGACAUGGGUAUUGAGUACACCAUUGGACGCAUCCCCAUGGCAAGUUGUGACUUUUCCACAAGACCAUACUCUUACAACGACCAUGAAGGUGACCUUGCAAUGGCAAACUUUAGUCUGGCUCAGGAAGACUUGAAACUUAAGAUACCAUUGAUAUUGUAUGCAAGAAUGAAAAGUAAGAGAAACAUUUUCAUGUUUGGUAGUCCAUGGUCAGCACCUGCUUGGAUGAAAACAAAUGACAAGAUGACAGGGUUUGGUCAGUUAAAAGGCAAAACAGGGGACAAGUAUCAUAAAGCUUGGGCCAUGUAUUUUGCAAAGUUUCUGGAGGCAUAUAAGGAGAAAGGAGUAGACGUCCAGGCUGUUACCGUGCAAAAUGAACCAUCAGAUGGAUUUAUUCCUUUGUAAGUCUCAAUGCUUUUUGCAGAAUUUUAUAGACCUCUGAGACAGUAGACUAAUAUUAAACACAUAAUGACUGGUUCCAAGGGAAUCAGUUAAUUUCGUUUCCCGAGAAUCUCAAUGUUUUCUGAGACGGAGGGGGGGAAAAUUUUGAGAUUUGAGGUGAUUUGCUAUAUACCUGGAAAUUUUGAAGCUGGAAAUUGAUUAAACCAUAAUUGCUGUAACCAUUGUCGUUCAACAUUUCUGGGUAACAAUGCCCUGUUACCCUCUGACGUCAGAGCCAUGUUGCCUGCUCAGAGAUUUUGGUGGGUAACAGUUUUAUGGUUAGAUGUCAUGUGACCUCAAAGUAACCAAUGAGAGUGUGUGCAGUUGGGAAAAAAUUGGGGCCUAUAGGUGGGAAGGGGGGGGGGGCUUAAUUAUAAGUGGCAGUUUUAUACAGGUAGUUGAAAUGCAGUUUCAAAACUGUUACAGUUUAGAUAUUUGAUAAAACACUCGCCAUUGUGUUUGAUGUGCAGCAUGUACUCAAUAGCCAGGCUAACCAAUUUUGCACUCUGUACCAGUUUUAAGUUCCAGUGCAUGGGAUACACAGCUAAGAUGGAGAGAGAUUUCAUCAAGGAAGACCUAGGACCAACUCUAGCGGCCAGAGGUCAUGGUGAUGUUAAAAUUAUCAUGCUGGACGACCAGCGGAUAUUUUUGUCAUCUUGGGCGGAAACCAUCCUCAGCGAUCCAGUGGCUGCUAAGUUUGUUUCCGGGAUUGGUGUUCACUGGUAUAUGGAUAAAUUCGAACCUGCAACAGUUCUUACUGACACUCAUAAUAAGUAAGGAUUAAAUUUUAAUGCAAGGAUGUUUAAGUUUGAUCAACUAAUUUAGAAAAGUACACAUAACACUUACAUUGUACUUCACACGCCCUUGUCGGAUACAGGUUGGCUGUAGUCAAUCUCAUCCCACAAAGGUGAAUGUAAUAAUAUUUUUAAUUGUAUCAGUCUUUGUCCUCACCCAUGCAAUUUCAUUUAAUUUUACAGAAUGUCCUUUUUAAUAUUAUGCAGUAUUCAGGCUGUAUGUCAGUCCAAGUUUGCUGCUGUCAUAUUAUAGGCUCGAUUUCUUCUGCUGUUGCGGAUCCCUUCUAGCUGCUCGGACCAUCUUGUUCCUUCCUUGGAGUCGCGCUCCUUUCUCAAACAGAGGCUGAUAAUCGAGCCUACUGCUGUCACUGUUGCACUUUUUUUAGUGGGUUAUAAUAGUUGAUAAUCAAGAUCCAGUAAACUAAUGAGAAAGCUUACAAAUGCUUGAUUAGUAACUUUUAAGACCGAAACCUAACGACUCACUCAGAUUGCUAAUUAAAAAAAGGUGUACCUGACAAAGUGGGCACAAUACUUUUUUAAAACUAAUCCCAAAGGCCAUCCCUUCGCUCUCUCUCUCUCCCCUUGUUUUUUUCCUGCUCUCUAAAUUCGCGGUGCACAGUCUACUAUCUGAACGCCUGUACCUUGGCUCGGUGCAUGUUUUAGACUUCGAGCGAGUGGAAAAAGUGUUUGAAUUUUGUGACCAGUUCGGGGAUAGACGUGUAACAAGGUACAUUAUGUGAUUUAUUUUGUUGUUUUGUAUCUCGCACAGAUUUCCAGAUCACUUUAUUCUUUCCACCGAAGCUUGUAACGAUCCAUUGACGUCCAAACCCCCAAUUGUCAGCCUAGGAGACUGGUCACGAGGAAACAAGUAUAGCCACAGCAUCAUUGAGGUACAUUAUGCAUUUCAUAUUAAAUUCGUUCUUUCGCUACCUCGAUACCGCCUUUUAAGGCGGCCCACUUUAAUUCACAAGAUACGAAAAAGACUGACCCAGAGCUUGAUGUUGUGCCACAUUGUGAAGGGAAUCAAAUCCCUGAUUUUAUUUUGCUUUUGAGUCAGAGAAGAUUCAAGAAUGCCAGCUCAAUCUGAAUCUUGUGAAUCCUCCUGAAGUGUAUCAAGUCGACGUUAUAUUAAGCGGGAUUAGUGGGUACCCUAUCCUGUAUUAAGCGGACCCCAGGUUCCAUUUUAAUAGUACUGAACGUCCGUGAGUACAAGAUUUGACUGAAAGGUUUUUCGCGUCUUCUUAAAAAAAUAGACACCUCGGAAAGUGUCAUUGUAUUUUUUUUUUACCAGAAUAGUUAGCACUGUUAUUUUUAGUGAAGGAGUUAAAACCCUAUCCCGAUCGCAAAAUCAUAAAACCUCUAACACUUGAUAACUUGUUUUCGCCAUUCUCGCUAGGUAGUAGAAUGACGACGGCUAUUACGUUUUCCCGCCAAAAUGACGAUGGUUCACGCGCGCACACUACCAUAGUAUUUAGAAAAUCUUGUACUCUUAGUCAUCCUCGUCUUAAAAUCUAAAAUUUUUUAGAUUUUGGGGGCCGCCCUCUUUCCUAGGUCACCUCUGUCCUAUUUCCCCCUGACCUAUUAAACGCGACGUUUCUACUAUCUGAAAGCCUGGCACAGGCUAGUAUUAAGUGGACACCCAGUAGUAAGCGAAUCCCAUAUUAAGCGGACAUCUUCUGUUAAGUAGAAGAAUUAUUUCAACGUUUCUUCCCAUAUUUCCUGAAAAACAAGCCUGCACUUUAGAGGCUACUUCUAUGAAGUGAACAUCAAUGAACUGCAGUGUUCUCUCUAUAAAUUUUAGCUCAGUAGGGGGGGUUGGGGUCUUCGCGAUCACGAAGGCUUUCAUUUUCCAGCAUCCUGUCAACCAACUGACCGAAAAGUAUUUUCAACACCUCAAAACAAAGAAUUUUUAGGAAUGGAGGCUGCCUUUGCCACUAGGGUCAAUUUAGUAACACGAGUCGUGGAAGUUGCGAACUUUUCCUGCUGGUAGAGAAAGUCAAAGAGUACUGACAAUUGGGACAGAAACCCACGAAAAAAGUGUUAGCUUGCAGGACUCCGAAAGGUUUCAGUCAACAUUUGAAUAAAGUAAUCUGAGAGAAGAGCUGUGUAUACUUUUUGCCGGUUUUUUCGUAUUUACAUCCUUUUCUUGUAAGAAUCGGCUUGGAUCACAACUUGCGUAUGUUUUUAAACAACUUAUUUAAUUUUAGUAAUACUUCAAGCAGUUGCAGGCUGUAAGAAGUGUUGCUUCAAGCGGUAAAUUUUACCAGUUAACGCCUGAUAAGGAGAACACCCUCGUCGAAGAUGUCCGCUUAAUACAAGGUUUACUGCAUGUAUUCUGUUAUUAAAUUCAAAUGCUUAGUGACCCUUCUAUUAGUAGCCUAUUAUGCAUGUUUACGUCAUUUCACCAUCCACAGGUGACCCAUAACUCACAAUACGAGGAAAGGGUGCUAAGUAACACCCUUUCCUCGUAACGUACGUUUGGGGCGCCUGUACACCAUCAAGCCUCGUUUGUGAACAAAAUUGUUCGCUCAUAUAUAGUUUUUCGCGAGUAUACCAAACUGGGAAUUCCUUGCUGAUAUGCUUCGCAAGAUUUCGCUUCCAGAUCGGGUGGUCUGACGAUCUUAACUUAUUGAGGUUGACUCAAAAUAAGACUUUGGUUCGUCUCCUGAAAAGUUCGACGUUUUUUUGACUUAGCUGCUUAGACAGUUUACUUAACGACCAGAACAAAAAGUUACUUGUAAUAAACAAAAAUUGUUUUUGUGAGAAGGAAGACUAAAUUUGCAACUGUUUGUCCUAUACGUCAAUAGAUGCGGUUAUCUUAAAACUUUAAGCAAAGUAUUUUUCAUCGCUUUUCGAAUUUCUCUGAGUCUCCACGAAUAAAGCAAAGGAUUUAAAGAAGAGUUUAUGUACACAAAUGUCCAAGAAAUCUCGAAUGCAAACGAGAGGGAAUAUCUCCUUUUUAAGAAGGGAAAUACGACAGCUAACGACAUGUACGGUAGAUAACAAAGAAGUAAAAUAAAAUACACGUAGAACAUUGUAAGAGAUAACUUUCUUAAUCGCAAAAUGUUGAGAAGUCCUGCAUUGGGUGUCGAAGCCUGUUCAUGUUGUUGUUGUGUCCAUAUUUGUCGCUUGUGCCGUUGAACUACGCGGUAAAUCUUCCAGUACAUUGUUGCAUUCACAAUGAAGCUGGCAAGAGCAAUGACGGCUCCGGCAAAUUCAUCAUAUGAAGGAAACCACACUGUCGCGGAACAAAUUAGGAUCGAAGCCAGAAAGAGAACAACUAGAAACCAAGAUACGCGCCGGACCGUGAUAACUUGAUUGUACCGCAAAUGAAGACGCAAGGCGAGGAACCUGUCUAUGCUAAGGAAAGUGACGGUCAACAGAGAAAAUGAACACAGAACAGCCGACACGGCGAUCACCGACGAUACAAGAGUGCCACGGUUUCCGCUUAAUGUUUUGUAGUCUUGAAAUCUCCAAGAAAUGUACAAUGGUUGAACGAAUAGUCCGACGCAGAAAUCGGAUAAGGACAGACUAAUUAAGAAGACAUUCGAGGGCGUGAGCAUAGACGGACUCCUGAUAAAGGAUGCUAGAAUCAACAAAUUUCCAGCGAUAGCCAGCAUCGAAAAUGGAAUAUUACACGCCGCGUUGACGAUGUAAGGAAGUGCUUCGGUUCCCAUCCCUUCCAAUAUUCAAGUUGGCUUAAAUUUCUCUUGAUCGAAAAAGAGACCCUCACGUCCGUUGAAGAGGAAAUUAAUGGCAAAACAACUUUUCUCACAAAUCAAAAACUGUCUUGAUUCUGUCUACGAUGUCUUUGCACAGUGAGUCACCUGCAUGCAAAAUAAACUUGAGAGCACUUGUUGGGUACGAUAUACUCCCUGUGUAAUUAAGAGUUUUUCAACUUGUCAUCCCUUCUACUUUGUAAAAUAAGUCGGCUCAACGUUUCUUUCCUCGUCCACGCUCAAAGAUGGGUUUCAUUUAGCACUGCAUGGACAACACUCUCACGUUAGUACGUUGUACAGUCCAGAUAUUAAAGCGAGAUAUUUUCAUGAAUUGUCAACGGAAAGCUUCAAUAGGAUUGCCAACUUGUAAAAGGAUCAGCUGGGAAUUUCAACAAAGAAAAAUCAAUUUGCACCAGGAGGUGUAUAAGUGUAUUUAUAGCUUCCACUGUCCCCCGCAGCUGUAUGCAAAUGCGUAAACUUGUUUGCUGUUUCUGUAAAACCCACCAGUUAUAUUUGCUAUAAAGGACACAUGUCGAACUGUAAUACUAAGAUUUAUGAUUGACCUCUUAAGGCGAAAAUCAAAACUCAUUACGUGUCUAAAACAUCUCCCUUUUUGCUCACAGACGGAAGUGCAGCUUUUUGUUCGAAACCGCGUUGCUUUACUUUCUAUUCUUUGUUGCAUGUGUCAUUCCCCGUAAAUUAAGCGUUUUUUACUGAGUUGUCUUGUGCAUAUCCCCAUUUCUCAGUUUGACCCUUAACAAACGUUCAAGCAGUAGAAUUUCAGUCAGGUUCUGACACGCGCGAAAAGCAAUUAUCACAAAAAUAUUUGUCCGUCAAGAAUGUUUUGUUCGUUUUUUUGGGGUGAAGACUUGAAAAAGAAUCAUAAAAAGUCGUAAUCUUGUAAUCUCUCACUAAGUUAAUUGAUUGAUUGGCGUUUCAGACAGAAGCAGGCAAUUUAUUGUGUGUAUGGUAAGAGCUUUUGGAAAUGAGUGAUCAGUGAUCGCGGUGGUAGUGUUUUCAUCUCGAGCAACUGAAAAACACCCGAUAAAUAUCUAGGCUUAUAACUUAAUUCGUUGCGUUUUGGGGAGAUGAUCGGCCACUCUAACUUUUGCUUCUAUGCACGAAAUUCUAUGAUGUUAUCAUUCCAGGACUGAAACCUUAUUUGCAGAACUUACACAGUUCUAUUUAAAUCUUAAGUUUUAAAAAGUGAAAUUUGGUUUUCUGCCUUUAUACCAGAACUACGAGGCCUAUAACCUUGAUUAUUCCGGAUAUCACAAAAACCUCAUCCUCCAAUAAUAAUUGUUAUAUUAUAGCUUUGUUUUGAAGAAAGUAAUGACAAACACACUGUCUUCCGGAAGACAAUUUGACCUUGCUCUUGGAAAUCAUGCACUGCACUUAGUCUAACUCACAGCCUACAGAUUAGUCAGAUGUAACUUAAACUAGCACAUAACAAACUAAUCUGCAGGUUGCGCUGAUUAACAAAAUUAGCUGUAGGCCCCUAGCCAAUGAGAAGACAUACAAUGAGUAAAAUGUAUAAUCAUAACUAUAACAAAAUUGUCAAAUCUGAUUGGCUAUCAACUGCCCUGAUUUCAGCCGUAAUUGGACAGUUUAAUAGGACAGUACGCGUCAUGCCUAAGUAACUGGACAGUACGCGCCAUCACGAGCGCGCUUAAAUGGCUUUUUUUUUUUCACUACUAGCAAAACAAAAUUUCGAAUUUCUUGUGUUUUGAUUUAAAAAAUAGCCUAUUAUAUCACAAAUUUUGUUAAUGUUAUGAUUAAUUGGUGACAGAACUUCGUGUCGUCCAAUUCGGUCUGUAAUCAUACUCGUGAUUAAACAAAUCGGACCGCCGAUACGCGUUCGUCCGAUUUUGUUAAUCACUCGUAUGAACACAGACCGAAUUGUACUCCACUCAGUCCUGUUACCAUUAUUAAUAACAUCACUGUGUAGUGUUAUCGGGGGUCUGCAAGUCGAGACUUAACUGUAUUAUUUGCUUAAGUAAUGACCCUUUCAGGAUUAUAGGCGAGAGGCAAGAUCGAUAACGUUGUUGAUACCGUUUUCUUUUUGACCCAGGACUUGUCAAACUGGUCUACCGGGUGGGUGGACUGGAACCUAGCACUGAACAUGGAAGGAGGCCCAAACUGGGUCAAGAACUUUGUUGAUUCGCCGAUUAUAGUUGACGCUGAGAAUGGAUUAUUCUACAAACAGGUAAAGUAAAGACACCCAUUUUUGUGCCAAAGAAAGAACAGUUUGUUCACAAUUUAUCUCGCCUCAUCCAAAGGCUAGGCAUGCGCAGCCAACAUACUCAAGGUACCGUAAAACGAGCCACAGAAACGUGCAACUUGCUUUGCAACAUCGCUGCAAAACGAGUUGAAAACCAAUGUUACGCGUUUUACUAACCACGAAUCAAGCCUGUCUUGCAAAAAUUAAGUUGUUGCAAUAUGUAGAGAGUAGAUCUACGUUUUGAACAUAAUCUCUACACACUGUGGCGCGUUUUACCGACCAGGGCAAACUUGUUUUGCAGGCUCCCGGUGGACAAGUUUUACAGCCCGCGUAAUUGUAUCCAAUCAGAAGUCAGUAUUCACACAACUUGUAACAACCAGAUUUGUUGCAAGAGGUAAAACGCCCAACAUCGCCAUUCAACUAGUUUUGCAGCAAUGUGGCAAAACAAGUUGCACGUUUUUGUUGCCCGAUUUACCCGGUAGCCUCAGUUCACCGAUGACUUUAGAAUUCAAGCAAUCCCACACGGCAAACAUGAAAAUCAGUUACUUUUCUUAACUUAAUCUUUGUAACUGGUGUUUUUACUAUGUCUAAAGAAGUAUUAUUUACUGGGCAAGUGUUAGACCCCUAGGCAGUGGCGGGGUGUGUGUGUGUGUGGGGGGGUGGGGGGGGGGGGGAGUGGGGAUGGCUUAUUUUAGAGUUAGAGUUUGCAGGGGCUAAAAUGGGGGUGGCAAACCAUGGUAAUUCAUGUCAUUUUUUCAAAAGCAAACACAGUUACUUAACUUACACCCAACCUUUGAGUUUAAACAACCAGUGUAAAAUCAUUGAAUACAGUAACAUUUGUCUGCAAAGAAUUACUGCUAUAUAUACAUACUUUAAUGUUUUUUUUUAGGAUAUUUGCCUAAUUUCAAACCAAGAGUGGCUGGGUAUUAGUCCGUUUAUUUUGGGAUAAACCACGUUGAUCAUGAUGUUUAAUGGGCCUAUAUUGAAAGAGAUACAGCUUUUCAAAAAACUCCAAAAUUAACUAGGAAAUAUAUAAACGUCCAGACAGUGUGUCUGGCAAUCCUUAUACAUGUAUCUUGUAUAAAGUUUCAAGUUUUUAAAUGGCUAUUUUUUGUUCAAUAUUGGCCCGAUAGACACCAAACUUGAGAUUUUUUCUAACCUACAUGUGCUCUUUCUUAUUAUGUAGCCCUCCUUGGUUUGAAAUGAGGCAAUAACUCGGCAAUAACAUUUCAAAUGGUGACAAUUGGGGGGUGGAGGGGGGCUCAUCAGAAAGAUAACAAUGUACUUAUCUAUUUUUAUUUUAUUUGCAGCCGAUGUUCUAUCACCUUGGUCACUUUAGCAAGUUUGUACCUGCAGGCUCAAAGAGAAUCCAAGUAACUGCAAAUGAACAGUCAUCACUACAGUUCAUAGGCUUUACAACACCAAGCCCUUAUGCUUCCACAGUUGUCGUGGUGCUAAACACUAGUGACCAAGAAAUUGCAUUGGAGAUUCACGAUGAAGACCUAGGGGUUAUCAGAGAGACAGUACCAGUAUCAUCUAUUCAAACUUACAUCUGGUAAAAUGUACCACUUCAGUCUACAGAGGAGAUAGAGUUAAGUUUUUUGAGUUAUGAUCUAAAGAGGAAAGACAAUAUCUGCAAAGAAUUCAUGACAAACUGGAUCUAUUUU